UGUCAAGAAUCCCGAUGACAUUAAGAUGGCAUGCCCGAGUUAGGACGGUGGAAUUUAAUAUGUAUUCUUUCGGUUCGGUUCGUUCGUUAUCUGGAAUUCCUUUACACAUUCUUUCAAUGAGAAGAGCGAGAUAAUCUAUGUGUCGUGUGCGAUACAUCAUCUCAACGUGUUAAAAGUGCUCGGUUGUUUACGCUAUUCUAACUCUUGUUAGUGUUGUGCGGUUUAUCGAAUUUCUCCACGAUCUGGACAUAGGAGGUGUAGUUUGAAUUAAUGCUACGUGGAAAUCUUCCGCGGCAACCGUGACCCCUAAUUACGGUAACAAUCAGUCGUUUAGCGGAUAUUGUCCCUGAAAUGGUGAAGGAAUCCACAGGAAACUCCAAUCGGACAUCUCGCUCAAGCUGUCAAGUGUGUGAUUAUCGCAGUGAUUAGGAAUCGAUACUCAUCCGCAAGGAAUGGUUUGCGGAAAUAGUCUCUGCAUCAAAUCCAAAGCAGAGGAAAAUUUUGAAGCAGAAUGGAACAGGAAAUUGGCACUUGGGACUCAGUUCUACUGGAAAACCUAUCUGAGGACAACUUUAUUAGCAAUUUGCACCAACGUUAUAAAAGAGAUCACAUAUAUACAUACAUCGGGACAUCUCUCGUAGCUGUCAACCCCUUUAAGCCAAUCAUAAGUUACAAUGCUGACUUAAUUAAAACAUAUGGUAGUAAGGGAAUUUUCCAACUACCUCCACAUAUAUAUGGCCUAGCUAAUUUAGCGUAUCAAUCUCUCAAGAACCAAAGUGAGGAUCAGUGCAUUAUUUUAACAGGGGAAAGCGGUUCUGGAAAGACUGAAUCGUUCAAAUCGAUUUUAUAUUUUUUAACUCACAUUCAAGACUCAAAGAAACCCAAAUUUAAAUAUCAUUUGCCGCGAAGGCGGAACUCAAGUUCUUGUUCAGCAAUCAUUUAUUCACAUCCCAAUUCACGCGUGUCGACACCAAAGCGUCAAUCGCCAUCAGCAAACGUGGUGUUUUCAGAUAAGCCUGGUUGCCUGGUUAAAGCUCGUUCGGAAAGUUCAGAUCGCGCUACAAUAAACAGGAAAUUGUCACGCGAAAAGAUGGUCGAGUUUGACUUUUCCCAUCACAAGAGCUCCGAAAAUAUCUCACAACAUUCGACUGGAACUCAAACCGUAGCGCCUAAUAAAUCAUGUUUUAAACAUAAUCACAUAGAUACGCACGGUCGCUCGAAAACGCUAAUCAAUGUUGAUUAUUCUGUAAGAAAGUCUAACUGUGAUUUAACAAAAGAUAUAAGCACGAAUAGGAUAAAUGAAACAUUUCCGCCACCACCACCAUCAAUAUCAACAACAUCAUCGUCAUCCCAUUCACACACAAAACUAAGUUCAUGCUGUUCAAAUUUGAAGCCCUUGUCGAAUACCAUUAGCCAGGCACAUCAACAUGUUCCAAAUCCUUCGUCUUCACUCUGUUAUGAACAUGCGAAAUCGAUUUCAAAUCAGAUUAAAAUCGGCUGUAAACAGUGUAAUCAUGUGAAAUACAUCAGGCAACAGUUAAGCUUAGAAGACGAUAAUUAUAGCAAGCAAUCUCAACCAACUCAACAUUAUAGUAGUACAUUGGGGCAAGGCAGCGGUCAACUACAAAAAACCAAGCUCGAUUAUACCCUCAAUAAGGGUAGUUGUUCUAGUAUUAAUUGUCAGGGAUCUCUAGGUUGCAAUCCGGCCGAUAAUAUUGCCAGAACGAAUUCUAGAACAUCGCUGAUCGACACUUAUCGAUUGUGCCAACGUUUGGAGAAAGAUGGUUCCGGGAGUAGAGCUUACACAGAAUAUUUAAAAUAUCAAAAAAUACGUGAUCAAGUGGCGUGCUCCACGGUUUUCUUGGAAGCUAUGGGCAGUGCAACUACAACAAAAAAUAAUAAUUCAAGUAGAUAUGGAAAAUUCUUCGAUAUAGAAAUAGAUUUUAAAGGGGAUCCUAUUGGUAUCCAUAUAACACAUUACAUGUUGGAGAAGACACGUAUAACACAAAUAAACUGUGGAGAGCGCAAUUUUCAUAUAUUUUAUCAAUUAUUACUUGGUGCUGAUAUUCAAUUUUUAAAAUCACUGAAAUUGUACAGAAAUUUAGACAAAUAUGAACUGUUGAAGAAUACCUCGGGAACAGAAGAUGAUAAAAAUAAUUUCUAUUUCACAAAGAAAUCGUUGGAAACAUUAGGUUUUGCGUCAGACGAAAUUCAUUCCAUAUUUAGGAUGUUAGCUGUUGUUUUAAAAUUGGGGAAUUUCGUGUUUGUACCAGUGACGAACAUCGAUGGAAGUGAAGGAUGUCAGGUUUCAAAUGAUUAUGAACUUCAGGAAACAGCUCAGUUAUUGAAUUUAGAUGCUCAAAUAUUACUAAAUUGCCUUACUAGAGCUAAUCCGUUAUGGGUGCAUGAGGAUAAUGGAACUGAGCUCGAUGCUCGUCAGGCAUCUCUAACCCGUAACACUUUGUGUCGGACCCUAUAUGGUCGCCUAUUCACAUGGAUUGUAAAUCGAAUAAAUGACAACUUGAAGUCGACACAACGUGAAAAGAAUUUAGCUUUACUUGACUUUUACGGUUUCGAAAUUUUAGAUAAUAAUUCUUUUGAACAAUUGGCUAUAAACUACUGUAAUGAGAAAUUGCAUCAGAGUUUUCUACAAGGUAUUUUGAAAUAUCGUCAAGAGUUGUAUGUUCGGGAAGGUCUUGAGUGGUCACGAAUAGAUUUCUUCGAUAAUGCAUCGAUUUGUGAAUUAAUAGACAAGUCAAAUUAUGGAAUAUUAAGUUUGCUCAAUGAACCACAUGUAACAACAAAUGAAGCGUUGCUGGUCCGUAUUCAACAGUGUUGUGCAGGACAUCCAAAUUUCAUCAGUUCGUCGUGUAUGAUGACCACCAUGAGUUUCAAAAUUCGACACUUUGCCGGUGUUGUAACAUACUCGAUACAUGGAUUUCUUGAGAAAAAUUCUGACGUGUUAGCAAAAAGUAUAAGUGCUGGACUAUUUCAAAGCAAAAUGUCACUAGUACAAAGUCUUUUCCCAGAAGGCAAUCCUAAACGUACAUCAAAGAAACCAACUAGCUUAAGUUCAAACCUGCGUACACAACUACAAACGCUUUUAUCGAUAAUUAAUAAUCGUAGAAAUCAUUAUGCGUUUUGUAUCAAACCGAAUGAGAGUAGACAACAGAAAUGUUUUGAAUUAGCUUUGGUACAACAUCAAGUGCGUUAUAUGAGCUUGAUGCCUUUAGUGAAUCUAUACCGAACCGGUCACUGUUUUCAUAUGACACAUGCAAAAUUUUUUCAACGUUAUAAACUUUUGAACUCUGUAACGUGGCCACAUUUCGAUCGUGGAAAUAUAGUUGAAGGGAUCGCUCUAAUUAUAAGAAAUGUACCAUUACCAUCAGCAGAAUUUACAUUAGGAACAAAACAUGUUUUUAUCAGGAGUCCAAGAACAGUAUACGAACUGGAAGAAUUUCGCAAAGGUCGUCUGGACGAUUUAGCUGUUCUCAUUCAAAAAACCUUCCGAAUGUAUAUGAAAAGAAAAAGAUUUUUACAGCUUCGUGAGAGCCAAAUAAUAAUAUCAAGUGCCUGGAGGACCUGGCGGGAAUGUCGAUUUGGUGUUCCAUUUACAGGAAGAAGACAUCUUUGGAGUUUAUAUCGCAUUGCGAGAGAUGAAUACCGAUCAAUCAAGCAUAGAAAACAAGUGGAGUGGGCAAUAAAAGUUAUUUACAAACAUUAUAUCAAAUGGAAAAUUAGACAAUUCUUCUUAACAUUACCACACCGUCUUCCACCCAAUACAAUGAGUCCGCUAUCAACAGAGUGGCCAACAGCUCCAAAAUUUUUAACGGAAACAUCAAGAAUUCUACGAAACAUAUAUCAUCGGUGGCGUUGCUAUAUCUACCGGCGAUCGUUUGAUCAAACAUCACGGAAUCGUAUGCGUGAGAAGGUAACAGCUAGUAUUAUCUUCAAAGAUCGUAAGGCUUCUUAUCCUAAAAGCGUUGGACACCCUUUCAUUGGUGACUACGUCAGGCUGAGACAUAAUCAACAAUGGAAGAAAUAUAGUGUUGAGACAAACGAUCAAUACGUAGUUUUUGCUGAUAUAAUAAAUAAGAUUACACGUUCUAGUGGAAAAUUUGUGCCAAUACUACUUGUACUUUCAACUAGCUCUAUGCUACUACUUGACCAAAGGACGCUUCAAGUCAAAUACCGUGUACCUGCUGCCGAAAUUUACAGAUUGUCAUUGAGUCCAUAUCUAGAUGAUGUUGCCGUAUUUCACGUGAAGGCUGGUCCUUAUUGUACACAUGACCACGAAUAUCCAGAUUCUCCAUCUGGUUGUUUGUUUCAGUCAGAAUUCGGAAGGAAAAAGGGCGAUUUUGUAUUUCAAACAGGCCACGUAAUAGAAAUUGUGACUAAGUUGUUCCUGGUAAUACAAAAUGCAACAGCCAAGCCACCUGAGGUGCACAUUAGUACAGAGUUUGAGGCAAACUUUGGCCAACAAACGGUUGUGUUUACAUUCAAAUAUGCUGGAUUAUCGGAAAUCACACAAGGACAACCAAAGGUUACACGUCGCGGAAAUCGAAUGGAAAUACUUGUUUGAUUACUGCUCAAUGAAAGGGUUACAAACAUACUUUGGUAGUGAUAUGUUACGACAAAAGGCCAAAUCUAACGAUAAUCAAAAUUAGUGUUAAGUCCGUCUUCUAGACAAAACUCGUAUUUUAACUCUCGCCACAAAUUUUCUACUUUUCUGAAAAACAACACUUGGAGCAAUAAAAUGAAUUGGCGCUACCAACUUUAUCUGAAAUUGUUCAUUCCAUCAAAGCAAAUAAACAUGCUUUGAAUGCAGAGAUCACAAUUUGUUAGAUUUCCAAGUUCAAAAAAUUCCAAGAAGACAAAAGGUUUGUAGAAAUGAACAGAGUAGAUCUAGGAAUCAUUGGAAAUUGAUUCAGACUCAAUAAAAAAUGAAAACAUAUCUCAUGUAAAUAUUGUUCAAGUGUUAUUUAUUAGCCUAGUUAAUUCAACAGUGAGUAGUAGCCAUGAUACAGUAGUUAUCUAUUAUUCAUGAACGAAUAUAAGACCGCAUGGAAGCGAUAUUCAACGUUGUAUUAUUCAGUAGUUCUACAAGAACUUUCCUUUUUUCAUUCAUUGAAAAUGAUAGCCAACACAACAAAUAUUAAUUAGCUGAAUAAUAGUUUCGAAUGAAGCUUAAAAUAAUAUUGAAACACAUCUGUUACAUUGUAAAAGCAAUUACUAAAAUUAAAUAAUUUCUUUCUUAAGUACACUGCCACGUUAACAUUUACUAACAAACUAAUGAAUAGAAAGAGAGGAUAAAAGAUCAAAAUAUAUGAAUAUUAUAUAUUUACAGUUAAGAAUGAUGAGAGUUGUAAUAUUCUAAGAAAAACCUAUAAAUUGUAUUAACAAAAUGAAAUUUAUCUAUAGAUGAAAUCUCAAUCGUGUCGACUAGAUAUUUAAAUUAUUUCUCCCAUAGACUGUUGAUUCUAAUUAGAAAUAAUAAUUUUUAGCUGAUACAAAUAAAGUAAUGUAUAUAUUUUCAAUGGAA